AAUGAAUUUUACAACAGAGACACACUCUUGUCUCUCUCGUUCCCUUUCAGCCCUGACUCUCGCAAAACCCGCCGACGGUAAUCCUUCACGCGGCGCCGCCGCCUCCACAUCCGGUGAUUGUCGAAUUCCGCUGGCACGAGGCGAAUCCUGAACGAAGGUCAAAACAAUUUUGUGCCCUCGUUCACCUUGUUACUGAAAUUUUGAUAUUCGGAUCGAUGGGUCGUUCUCGGAUGGUGUCACGUCCGGAAGACGAGGACCCCAAUCAGAGUAAAUCCAAGAGGAAAAGGCCUAGUUCUACAGAGGCUACGAAUCAAGCUACAGUAGGUCAGGAAUCGAGGGAUGGAAAAGUAGCCUUAUAUCAUUGUAAUUACUGCAAUAAGGAUUUAUCGGGGAGAAUUCGCAUGAAAUGUGUGGCAUGCCCAGAUUAUGACCUUUGUGUGGAGUGCUUUUCUGUUGGAGCCGAGCUUACACCUCAUAAAAGUAAUCAUCCUUAUAGGGUUAUGGAUAAUUUGUCAUUUCCUCUUCUAUGUCCAGAUUGGCAUGCAGAUGAAGAGAGCUUACUUUUGGAGGGCAUUGCUGUGUAUGGAUUUGGAAACUGGGAUGGAGUUGCAGAGCAUGUUGGAACAAAGAGCAAGUUGCAGUGUCUCAAUCACUAUAAUGCUAUGUAUAUGAACUCCCCUUGCUUCCCUCUUCCUGAUCUGUCGCAUGUUAAGGGUAAGAGCAGGGAGGAGCUCCUUGCCAUGGCUACAGUCCCUGGUGAGGUCAAGAAAGAGUUUCCUAUGGUAGGGGAGCAUAACCUUAAUGAAGGGUCUUCAUUAUCAGCAAGAGUCAAAUGUGAGGAAUCAAAAAAAGAAGACUCUGCCCAUCAAACCUCAUCAAGUGGAACUGCAGGUUCAAUCAGUGGUAGCACAUUUUCAGGUGCAGUAAAGAAGUCAAACAAACCACAGAUAAAGGAUGAAAUCAAACAAGGAGAAUCUGAAGCAGACAGAAGCUUUAGUGAGAAAAAACCUAGGGUGUUAGGUGACAGUGGGCCUUCUGUGGUUGAGUUGAGUGGAUAUAACUUCAAGCGGAAGGAAUUCGACAUUGAAUAUGACAAUGAUGCUGAGCAUUUACUAGCAGAUAUGGAAUUCAAGGACAAUGACUCUGCAGCUGACCAUGAACUUAAAUUGAGGAUUUUGCGCAUAUACUCAAAGAGGCUUGAUGAAAGGAAACGCAGGAAGGAAUUCAUACUGGACAGAGAUCUACUCUACUCCGACCCAUUUGAAAAACAUUUGUCUCCUGAAGAGAGGGCAAUAUGUCAGCCCUACAAGGUCUUCAUGCGGUUCCACUCCAAGGAAGACCAUGAAGAGCUUCUUAAGAAUCUAAUUGAAGAACAUCGCAUUGUGAAGAGAAUACAAGAACUCCAGGAAGCUCGAGCUGCUGGAUGUCGAACAAUUGUCGAAUCAAAUAGGUUUCUUGAUCAGAAAAGGAAAGAAACCAGAGACAGCAGCAAGAGAGUUAAGGAAAAUAGUCAAGCUGUUCCAAGUGAUGUAUCAAAUCAUCUCAAAGGAGAACAUGAUGACAAUCCCAGGGGCAGUGUAAAAGAAUCUCCAAGAUCGCGAGGCAGCGGCAAGGAACCAUCUCCAGCAACACCAUGGAUUUCGAGCUCCAUUCACGAUUGGGACAUCACGGGAUUUGCAGGCGCUGAUUUACUAUCUGAAAUGGAGAGGCGACUUUGCUGUGAGAUAAGAAUAUUACCAGCUCAUUAUCUGAAAAUGGUGGAUAUCAUAUCAGUUGAGAUGUUAAAGGGCAGUGUUACAAAGAAAUCUGAUGUCCAUGGUCUGUUCAAGGUGGAUCCAAGUAAGGUAGAUAGAGUUUAUGAGAUGGUUGUGAAAAAGGGAAUUGCUCAAGCAUGACUUAGAGAGUUUUGUUCUUGUUAAAACCAUAUAAAUGCAAUAAUUUGAAAGCCGAGAUGGAACCACCGACCUUUGGAAUGGUAAUUGGUGCUUUAUUCACUCCGAUAUGUUCAUAUUAGCAAUUUGGUGGUUCGAUUCUCGCUUGAGAACCUAAUUUCUACGCUGAUAUAAGAUUAACCACUCGUAUAUUGUAUUGAGUAAGAAAAUUUUUAA